AUAUAUCACUUCUAACCUGCACACUUCCACAGGACAUAAGCAACAUCGACAUUUAUUAACAAAACACUCAUAUAUAAAGGAGAAGUUGAGUUGCCAACUAUGGCUCUUUCACCACUCACCAUACUUGUGGUCAUUGCCACCAUCUUCCCCCCAUCCAUUGCUUUGGCCAAGGAUAUUGUAGUUGGGGAUGAUCAUGGAUGGACAGUAGGCUUUGAUUACUCUGCUUGGGCUGCUGAUAAGACCUUCUUUGUUGGGGACGUACUUGUAUUCAAGUAUGCUGUUGGAGAACACAAUGUGUUCAAAGUGAAUGGAACUGCAUUCCAGAGCUGCACGGUUCCUCCACCAAGUGAAGCAUUGACUACUGGAAGUGACCGUAUUGUAUUGGCAAUUCCUGGGAGAAAAUGGUACAUAUGUGGUGUUGGAGGUCACUGCAGUGCUGGCCAAAAGCUUGUUAUCACAGUUCAACCCCAAACACUACCCCCAACCCUACCACCUGCCCCUGCACCUUCACCUUCUGAGCAUGAACCUGGUUUUGGUGGAUGGCUGUCUAAGAAGAUAUUAACCAUAUUUCAUUAAAUUUACUGUUGCUUUAACCUAUGUUUAGAGAGUGUGACAUUGUUUUUCAUAAGCUUUUGAGGGAGUGGUAUUAGUCCUCAGAAUAAAUUAUUGUUUCUAUUUUGAAGUUCAAAAUGGAAGUUUGUGAAUGUGCUCGCUAGCUCAAUCCAGCUACCAUUCAAAUAAAAUUGCAAAUUUGCUUUCCAUUCCAUUCUUCUCUAAUAUUCCUACAUCUUGACA